GAAUAUUCAUCGAUUUGAUCGUAUUGCGUGUCGAAAAAAAACAGGUUUUUCCACAACCCCUGGUAAAAUAUGGAUUCGCCUUCGGGUUUUCGUAACCGUAAGUCUUCAAACACUCAGCAGAAGCGACAACGUCCAGCAAAAAGCCGAUCGAAAAAUCCGCAACUGUUUGAUGAUACCAGUUCACAACAACCUAUGAAUCCACAGGGCCCUUAUGGACCAACACCAGGAAUGACAGAUAUUGAAAGUAGUAUUAGCGAAGUCAAUUUUGAAGACCUGCCACCAGUAGAUGCAAGUUAUGCUCAAAGCCCAUACUUUACCUCCUCCUCCGGAAUGCCAGAGCAUGGAAUGCCUCAUCCAGAAAUGAUGCCAGGCCCUGGUUAUGACCAAGGUCAGGGAAUGCCCCCUUAUGGCCAGCAGGGACAACAGCCAUAUAUACCAGGGCAACAGAUGUUCAAUGACCCGAUGGCUGGCAUGGCCAUGCAAUAUGGGACUAACUUAGCAGGAAAGGGGUCGGAAAUUGUUCAAGAAAAGUUCGAGAAAUACAUGAGCAAGUCCAAAUUAAAGUAUUACUUUGCUGUGGACACAGCAUAUGUUGGGAAAAAAUUGGGUCUUCUUCUAUUUCCAUAUACACAUCAGGACUGGGCCAUCCAUUAUAACCAAGAUGAACCAGUUGCCCCAAGGCUUGAAAUAAAUGCACCGGACUUGUAUAUACCUGUGAUGGCCUUUGUUACAUAUGUCCUUGUUGCGGGAGUGGUGCUUGGUACUCAAAAUAGGUUUACCCCAGAACAAUUAGGCAUCCAAGCAAGCACAGCUCUAGUCUGGACGAUCAUAGAAAUCCUUGCUGUUUUGAUGACCCUGUACGUCAUGAGUGUGGCUACAGACCUCAAGUAUUUAGAUCUGUUAGCAUAUUCAGGAUAUAAAUAUGUUGGUAUGAUCUUCACUCUUCUUGCUGGUCUCAUUUUCAAAACCGGAGGCUACUACUUGGUAUUGCUAUGGUGUAGUGCUGCUAUUGCAUUUUUUCUUAUGCGAACUCUUCGGGUCAAGAUCCAGCCCCAUGGAGAUGAGGAUGGAUACCAGAGAGGAGGGAAACGAAGAAUGUACAUGAUGUUGAUGAUAGCAGGGACACAACCUUUAUUAAUGUGGUGGCUUACAAGAUACAUUAUGUUCAAGUGAUAGGCCAUUAUUCUAACUAUGAUGAGUUAUAAUAAAUAGGGGGCCAUGAAUUUAUAGUCUCACCCUUAGCUUUGAAAACAGUCAAAUUAAUUCAUUUUGAGUAAUUUAAAAGUCUCUGUGGUUUUGCAAGGAUUUUCUUACUGUGUUACACUUGGGUGCUCAAUUAAGUGCAUGAUAGACGACUGGCCUCAGAUAAUAUUUUUGUUGGGCUAAAAUUUUAAUUUGGAUUGUGUUAGGCUUGGGUCUAUUUUUGGGGAUACCAAACUAAAGGUAAUGGUUGUCUCACCAAACCUUGCAAGGUUGGAGCAAACACUGCAAUGGUGAAGCUAUUAAAGAUGCAGGUCAAAACUGAGGUGCCUCACUGAUUUUUUAGGAAAAAUGUCACCUCUACCUUAGCAUAAGCAUUGUUUAGUGAGACAACCGGUAUCUCUUGUUUGGUCUAAGUUUCUAUUCUACAUGUGUAAAACAACUUGGAACUUAAUAUUGUGAUUUUGAAAGUAUCACAGUUGGUCUGGCUAGGUAGUACUAGUAGCAGGUCAAUGAUUUGGUGUUGGAAUUUAAUCUGAUGACAAAGCUGAGACUACAAGCAGCCAUAAAGUCAGCGUUUGUAUGUUCAAGUCCUACUUUAUGGACUGCCCUGUUCUGUUGUAAUAUUUUGUCUCUUUUUGAAAAGAUCGGUGCUGUUCUUUAAUUGGUUUCUUAAAUAUCAGACUAUCAUAUGUAAACCAUGUUAAUGGGAGAUAAUCUAUAGCCGGGGGCCAGGUGGGCCAGAUGCAGUACAUUUACUCCAUUUGGAAACCUGUUGUCUUUGAAGCAAGUCCAAAACUACUGACUGAUCUGUACCCCUACCAACUGCAUGACCUUGCCUAUAUUCUUAUCGAUACUUAUGUGUAUCAGUGCAUUUACUAGUAUGCUAUGCUUAUGUCUUAUGUAUAUACCCAACUCGGCAGUACUCUUUUUUGACAGCAAUGCAGGGCCAUAGCUGUGUGGGGCAGGGCUUCCUCUCAUAGCAGGCCUUUCAGUAUCAGUAUCAUUUGUAAAAUUCACCCAAUCAGUGGAGUUUAUUUUAGGAAUGAUGUGUACAUGUAGGCCUGCAAUGAGAGGCUGCUUUUCUACACGGUUGAAAAGUCCGAGUACUGUGCUGAAAUAUGAGCUGUCUAUUUUCCAUAUCACAUACAUUAUUGUCUCAAAAGGGGUUGGGUUGUUUUUGAUUGAAUGAGACCUAAAUAAUGCUUGAUCUACAUGUGUUGGUGCUGUGGGUAUGUUAACAUCCAACAAAAAAUGCUCCACAUCCUGGUAGGCCCACAUUUGAAGAUUUCUAUGUUUAAAACAAUCAAAUUUGGUCACUAAGUAUUGCUUUCUUAUAUACAGUAGCUCCUAUUGAUUGAUGAAGAGAUAGCUCUAAUUGAGUUUCUAUCGCAUUGCGUAUACUACAGCAUCAUUGUAAACUAACCAUGAAAUAAAGACUGUAUAUAAAUUGUAUAAA